CAAAACAUUACAGUCUUUAGUCCUGUGAAUGCAAGUGUCAUCGAAAUUUAACUAUAAUGAGCUCCAUUGGAACUGGGUAUGAUCUGUCAGCAUCUCAGUUUUCACCUGAUGGCCGUGUUUUUCAGGUGGAAUAUGCCCUCAAGGCCGUAGAAAACAGCGGAACCGCUAUUGGCAUUCGAGGGAAGGAUGGUGUUGUGUUUGGAGUUGAAAAGCUGGUUUUGUCCAAACUCUUUGAAUUUGGAGCAAACAAGAGAAUAUUUAAUAUAGACAGACAUGUUGGAGUGGCUGUUGCUGGUUUACUUGCUGAUGCCCGUCACAUGGUAGAAUCAGCCCGGGAUGAAGCCACAAACUACAGAUACAAUUAUGGCUCAUCAAUACCACUCAAAUACCUCACAGACAGAGUGUCCAUGUUAGCCCACGCAUAUACCCUGUACAGCUCGGUGCGGCCCUUUGGGGCAAGCGUUAUCCUAGGCUCGUAUGAAGAGGACGGUCCUCAUAUGCAUGUCAUUGACCCCUCGGGAGUCUCUUGGGGUUACCAUGGCUGCGCUAUCGGGAAGGCAAAGCAAGCAGCAAAGACAGAAAUUGAAAAACUAAAGAUGAAAGAAAUGUCUAUACGUGACCUGGUGAAAGAAGUUGCCAAAAUAAUCUACAUUGUACAUGAUGAAGUUAAAGAUAAAAACUUUGAGUUGGAGUUGAGUUGGGUUGGGGAAAUGACAGGAGGUAAACAUGUGUUAGUGCCAGAUGAUGUAAAGGCAGCAGCAGAGAAGUAUGCCAAGGAUUCUCUUGAGGAAUCUGAUGACUCUGAUGAUGAAGACUUGUAGCUGUUGUCACAUUGAAUAUUUGAGAAGAUUGCGGAAUUGGAUGGACUUUGCCACCUGUUUGUGUCUGGUUAGGUUAUGAGAUGAUACAGAAUGUGGACAUUCCUAUACUCACCUCUCAACAGUACACACCUGUGCCACACCUGUGCUACCAUUGAUUGAGUGGAACAGAGGAUUGAACAAAGAAAACUUGUCCGAGACCACAGGUUAUGCCUCAUAUGACUCUGGAGACAUUCACCAUCUUGAUGUGUGUUCAGCUGACAAUUACUUGGGACUACAUGGAUCAUUUUGACGAAAUUUUUCAGUUGUAUCUUCAUAUUCAUUGCACACCAAAUUAGAAUAUGUGCGUCAUAAAUAUAAUUUAAGAAAAAUCA